AUGGCGUCCACAACAGACGCACAACCAACAUUCAGUGCCUCUCACGAUACAGCCCUGUGCAUCAUCCCACCCCAAAGCCUUUGGCCAGCCAUUAACCGGCUGCGCAGUCUCAACGACAAAGCCUACGCCAAGUGGCCUCCGCACAUCAACCUCGUCUAUCCCUUUGUGCAUCCCGACGUCGUCGCCGACGCGGCCGACAUUCUCCUCCGGCUCAAUCUAUCCAACCUUUUUCCGCUCAAUGUCUCCAUCACAGACGCGGACGCAUUUACCCACGACAAGCACAACACGCUGUACCUAAAGCCCGAUGCUGCCGCAGCCGACGACUUACACAAGCUGGCCAACAGAGUGCGCUCAGCGCUCGGCUGGCACGCCCAAAGCCGCUACGCUCCUCACCUGACUGUCGGACAGACUGAGGAUGUAGACUCGAGCACCCAUAGAUUUCUUCUUCACAAAGCCCGCCUGCUGACCCCCAUCUCCUGGGCCGCGACGCAGCUCGCCGUUAUGGUCCGCGACACCACCCCCGGCACUGCAGACGGACUUCGUCGAAUGAAGCUCUGGAAGCUCGUCGACAUAGAAUCUAGUAGAUUGCUCGACCUUGCGCUCCCGCAAGACGAAAUCAUGGCCGUUGAUAAGAAUGACCACGUGCAGUCCUCCAAGGCAUUUCCGCAGCCCGCUUAUCAUUUCGACCCUGAAGCCGAGACUUGGAGCAUUUUUGACAGCUCGUCACUGGAGUCAAGCUCCGAUGUCCCGACUACUCUUGUCGUUGCUUCCUACAACCUUCUCUCCGAGUUUAACUGGCCGCCGGAUACGUCGAGAAACCAACCCCUGAUUUCCAACCUCUUGUCCCGACGUGCCGAGGCUGAUAUUCUCGUGCUCCAAGAAGUAUCUGAUCACUUCCUUCCAGACCUUCUCAAAGACGACGACAUUUGCGCCAAGUACCCCUAUAGCACACAUGGCCCGCCUGACCAGCCCGAAAUUGGCCCUCUUCCUAGCCUUCUGAAUAUCGUGAUUCUGAGCAAGUUUCCCAUUGUGUGGGAAUACCUCCCGCUUCAGCGCCGACACAAAGGCUCCGCAGUAGCGACAUUUCCUACGCUAUCAUUCCAUGAUCCCUUGACUGGUUCCAACACCAAAUCAGUUGUCGUUGCCGGCUGUCACUUUAGCCAGGGCCUGACGGAUGGCGCCCUGUCGUCUAAAAAGGUCGAAAUUUUGCGUCUGCAGCGGCAUCUUGCCGACAAGUACGACAAGCAUCCUUGUAUCAUUGCCGGAGAUUUCAACGUGACAACUUCGUCCUACGCCAUUGACAUGUCACAGAGAAGUGGCACGCUGUCGGCAAAUGGCAGGCAAUGUCUGAGUGACGUCCAUGAUAUGCUGUCCAACACCGAGUUUCACGACGUGUGGUUGGCUACCAAAAUCGCAGCCGGCGACUCGUCCGAGUUAUCACUAGCCAACGAAGCCGUGAUGGACCUCUAUGAGGGCGAGCAGGGCGCCACUUUCAAUCCUCUCGAGAACAAGCUUGCCGAGAAACUGGUCGGCGGAGGGACCGACAAGCGACCUCAGCGCUAUGACCGCAUUCUUUGUAGUGCACAGCUUCCUCUCCGACCCUCCGCCUUCAACAUGUUUGGCAAAGACCUUAUCACGCAGGUCGCCGACGGUAGCUGGGUCCAUGCCAGUGAUCACUGGGGUAUUCGUUGUCUCUUCACUGAAGAUUUGCCAAACAGCGGGGCUUCUCAGGGCAUCUUGGAUCGUGUGAAGCCCAUCGAGUCGACCGAGGCCGCGCCUUCCUUGGGUGGCUUUGAAGAUCUCAAGAAAACAUUGCUGUCCCACGGCUAUCUACCUACCGAAGACGAUGAAUCUAUGAGGAAGCAGGCCAUCUCGGUUCUGGACAGUGUACUGUUAGGUAAUGAUCAAACAAAGUCGGACCAAGAGGCCCGCACGCCAGUCGGCCUCGUCCUUGUUCCGGUGGGCUCAUUCGGUCUCGGUGUCUGGAUGAGCUCUUCUGAUGUCGAUUGUCUCUGCAUUGGGACUAUCAGCUCCAAGACGUUCUUCCGUAUGGCCCUUCAGCGUCUAAGAAAAGCUUCUGAUCAAGGUAUCCGCGUGUUGAGAAAGGUGUUGGCCAACACCGGAACAAUGCUAGAGCUUCAAAUCCUCGGCAUCAAGUUUGAUCUUCACUACUGCGCUGCCACCUCUGUCUUUGAAAAAUUCCCUAGCGUCAUGAAUUUGCCCUCUAACCAUCCAGAGUUUUCUCUCCCGGUACAGACCUUGGCCAAGCUAAAGCCGGCCCGGGAUAUGUACUACUUGUUGCGCUCCAUUCCAGACCUUGCCAAAUUCAGGGUUGCUUUUCUCAUGAUCAAGGCUUGGGCCAGUUCGCGAGGGAUCUAUGGCGCCCGGUUUGGCCUUUUGGGUGGCAUUCAUAUCACCGUCCUUCUUGUCCCUAUCUGCAAGCAGCUUGCCACGCUCUCGAGGGUUGUAUCAACGACGGGGAUCCUGGCGACCUUCUUCAGUCAUUAUACCAAUUUCGACUGGGAGAAACAGGUGGUGUUGGAUCCGUUCUUCCAUAAAGAGCUACGUUAUCACCGCACGUCGCGGGAGCCUUUUUGUCUCCUGGGAUGGCAUGCGCCAGCUCUCAACACCGCCAUGACUGCUUCGACACCUACUGUCAAGUCCAUCGCCACUGAAAUUUCCAAGACAAACUCCCUCCUAUCCCAGCCAGGAGUAACAUGGGAUGCAAUCCUUGGCCCUGUAGGCGCCGCUGUCGCUGGAGUACAAGACUUUCUCCGGGGCUUCAAGAGUUAUGUUAAGGUCGAUGCCCGGUUUUGGGGAUCGUCUCCCUCUAGUGGCCGCAAGUUCCUAGGUUGGUUGGAGUCGCGCUGUGUUGCGAUCCUCGUCGAUAUGAACAGAAAAGCACCAGCCCUACUGCCGCGGAUAUGGCCAGGGCGCUUCAUCGACGCCCCCGUUACCGAGACAGCGACGAACUCGGAGUACCAAGGUUUCUACCUCAUCGGAUUGGCAUGGAACGAUGGUGACAGUGACCGCGCCAAGGAGGACACCAAAGCGACCAAGACGGCCCUUAACGGCCUCUUACGCGACUUUGAAACGCGAAUGCGUAGUGAUGUUAGACAUUACGACACUGCUUCGUGCUGGAUGGCCGUCAACGUCAUCAACGCCGGCGACAUUGCCUCGGCACUUCUCGACCCCGGCUACCUCGACAGCGUCGACGCCUCUUACGAAGACUUUGAUGACAGUGAGGACGACAGUGAGGACGAGGACGUCGAGGACGAAGAAGACAUCAGCCCCAGCGACGACGACACGGGCUCUUCUCGCGUCAAAUCACGACGCUCGGAAACCUCUCGCCCAGUGAAGCUCAACGUUCCCACGUCUGCCAAGCCCGAAGGCAUGGGCCGGUUCCGCCCGGCGUCCGACGUCCUCAACCGGCUGCGCUGGGACCGCGCGCUCGAUGCAGCCGACUUCAUUGUCGGCUUCGUGGACCGCUUCGCGGGGGCGCAGGAGAAGCCGCUCGUGCAAUGGAGGACGGAACAGACGGACGAGGAGUUCAUCCCGCAGCACCGCAUCCUGUACUUUAAGCGGCGCAGCGACGGCCGCGUCGUCUGGGAGCGCAAGACGCGCGUGGAUCGCAUCUUUGGCAGCGGUGUGGUGCCAGCUGAUGCACCCUGA